AUGGAUGGAACUCCCCUGAAUGGUGUGUAUAAAGGAGUGCUUCUCAUUGCCAUUGCUCAGGAUCCAGACCAUCAUCAUUAUCCCCUCGCUUACGCGGUAGUAGAUGAUGAUCUUCAGCUUGUAUUUUGUACUGAUAGAAACCAAAGCAUCAUCAAGAAAGUACACGAGGUGUACCCAAUGGCGAUCCAUGGAUAUUGCAAUUAUAACUUGUCUAAUAAUGUCUGCGGAGCAUGCAGCAGUGUUAACAAGAAAGGGGUUGCCAAAAAGUUUAGAAAAAUUGCUGGCAUGUACACAGAGAUAGAGUUCAGGAAAUGCUACAAUGAUUUCAGGAGCAUGUAUCCUCAAGCCGCCGACUAUCUAGAUGACAGUGUUCAUGAGACCAAAUGGGCAAGAUGUAAAUUUCCGGGAGAAAGGUACAACAUAGAUACAACCAACACUGUUGAAUCUAUCAAUGAUGUUUUAAAGGAACCAAGGAAAUAUGCGUUGUUGCCAAUGAUUGAUGUGGUGGUGGGGAAGAUUGUAGAAUGGUUUAACAAAUAUAGACAAUUAUCUUUACGUGUACCAGAGAGGCAUAUACUAGUCCCACACGUGCAUGGGAUAUUGCAUCACAAUUAUCCGAAGGCAAAAAAGCUCGAGGUGAGGGAGCUAAACAGAUUUGAACGUCAUUACAAUGUGAUUGGGAAGGAUGGUCAAGGUUAUUUUGUUGAUUUGAGCAACGAAACAUGCUACUGUAGGUGUUUUGAUAUUGACCGGUAUCCUUGUGUGCAUGCACUUGCUGCCAUCAUGUCGCGUGGAGAAAUGGCUGAACAUUAUUGUUCUAGGUAUUAUUGGAUGGAGCAGUGGUCUUUGGCAUAUUAUAGGACAAUAUAUCCAGUUCCUCAUCAUUCAUCAUGGGAAAGUUACAGAAUUCCUGAGGAAAUCCGAUCUCAGGUUGUCUUCCUUCCGUAUGUGGAGAAAAAAAAAGGAAGACUACAAGUUACUAGAUUCCCAUCCGCAGGAGAAUAUCGGAGGAAGAAAAAGAAGAGCUAUCCACCAUUGGUUGGUGAGAAUGACGGAAGUGACAGCGAUGAAAGUGGCAGCGAAGGAAGUGGCAGCGCAAGAAGUGGCGACAAGGGAGGUGACAACUAA